CUUUUUCUCUCUUUCCAGAAUCUCUGUAAAAAUUCAGAGUAUAAACCUAAAACAACGUGGUUCCCGUUAAUGGCAGUUACUAGUCUUCUAAUUCACUACUGGCUAAACCUCAACUUCAACGCUUAAUCACUUUCUUACCACGACGACUACUAACAAAGUCAAUUUGAGGGUAGGUAAGGAAGCCGCUUGGUAUUGAAGAAUUUGAAUCCGGAUUUCUCUUCUCACGGCCAGUUCAACAGAAAAGGAACUCCAAGCUACUUGGGGGAGAGGCAUCAAACUACACGACCUAUUGACAAAGUUGUAAUUGUAUGGUGUUAAAGUUGUACUUUAUAGGUUAAACCAGCUUCACUCAAAAUUCAGCGUCCAGGUUCUGGGGGUGACUUGCCCCAGGGUGGGGAGUUCAACCCUUUUCCUGCUACUACCCGGAAGGUUAACUCGUCACAUGCAAUAAUGAUGGAUGCGGAUUUGGAGGAUGGGAUUUUGGGGACGUACCAAGAUAGGCCCAGGACUUUCCCAGUAAUGCGUAGUAAAUCUUAUACUCCCCUGGUUUUAAGGAUUCUAAUGAGAAUUAAUGUACGCGUACUUUUAGUUCUUCUGUUCCUGGCUUUGGGAGGCUUGGUAUAUAUUGGAGCAAGAACCUCUCCAAUUAUUCUGUUUGUCUUCUCGGUCUGCAUUAUCAGCUUUCUUUUCGCUAUAUAUCUUACUAAAUGGGUGCUUGCAAAGGAUGAGGGGCCUCCAGAGAUGGUUCAGAUUUCAGAAGCAAUACGGGAUGGGGCAGAAGGCUUCUUUAGGACCCAAUAUGGGACUAUUUCCAAGAUGGCAUUUGUGCUUGCUUUGGUGAUCUUUGUAAUCUAUUUAUUCCGCACAAUGAGUCCUCAUCAGGAAUCACUUGGGAGGACAGCGUCUGCUUAUAUUACAGUUGCUUCUUUUCUUCUAGGGGCUCUAUGUUCUGGUAUGGCUGGGUACGUUGGUAUGUGGGUAUCAGUACGUGCAAAUGUUCGAGUAUCUAGUGCUGCCAGGCGGUCUGCAAGAGAGGCUUUGCAGAUAGCUGUGCGUGCUGGGGGUUUCUCAGCAAUUAUUGUUGUCGGCAUGGCUGUGCUUGGAGUUGCAAUCCUCUAUGCCACAUUUUACGUAAUAUUGGGUGUAGACACACCAGGUUCAAUGAAGGUCACUGAUUUGCCUCUUGUCCUGGUGGGAUAUGGUUUCGGAGCUUCGUUUGUUGCCCUCUUUGCCCAGUUAGGUGGCGGAAUAUACACUAAAGCAGCUGAUGUUGGAGCUGAUCUCGUCGGAAAGGUAGAGCAAGGGAUACCUGAAGACGAUCCUCGAAAUCCGGCAGUCAUUGCUGAUUUGGUUGGAGACAAUGUGGGUGAUUGUGCAGCACGAGGUGCUGAUCUCUUUGAGAGUAUUGCUGCAGAAAUAAUCAGCGCUAUGAUACUUGGGGGCACAAUGGCUAAGCGUUGCAAAAUUGAAGAUCCAACUGGAUUCAUAUUGUUCCCCCUUGUUAUACACUCUUUCGACCUGGUUAUAUCUUCAAUUGGGAUUCUUUCAAUCAGGGGUACACGUGGUGCUGGGACACUUAUAGAGGAUCCAAUGGCGAUUCUUCAGAGAGGCUAUUCAAUUACGAUUGUUUUAGCUGUUAUUACGUUUGGCGCGUCUACUCGUUGGAUGCUUUACACUGAGCAAGCGCCUACCGCAUGGUUGAACUUUGCCCUGUGUGGCUUGGUUGGGAUUAUGACAGCCUACGCGUUUGUCUAUAUUACUAAGUAUUAUACCGAUUACAAGCAUGAGCCUGUCCGCACGUUAGCUCUUGCCAGUUCUACAGGGCAUGGAACCAACAUAAUUGCAGGCAUCAGUUUAGGUUUAGAAUCAACUGCUCUUCCGGUUCUUGUAAUUAGUGUAGCCAUCGUUUCUGCUUUCUGGCUUGGUCACACGUCGGGCUUGGUGGAUGAAACUGGAGUCCCUACUGGCGGUCUGUUUGGGACUGCGGUAGCAACCAUGGGUAUGCUUAGCACAGCUGCAUAUGUUCUCACCAUGGAUAUGUUUGGUCCGAUAGCUGAUAAUGCCGGUGGAAUUGUUGAAAUGAGCCAACAGCCUGAAAGUGUUCGUGAGAUCACCGACCUUCUUGAUGCCGUUGGGAACACAACAAAGGCUACCACCAAGGGUUUUGCUAUUGGAUCAGCUGCCCUUGCUGCUUUCCUGCUAUUUAGUGCUUAUAUGGAUGAAGUAGCUUCAUUUGCUAACACACCUUUCAACCAGGUUGACAUCGCAAUUCCGGAAGUUUUCGUAGGUGGCCUGUUGGGCUCUAUGCUCAUCUUUUUAUUCAGUGCCUGGGCCUGUUCGGCGGUUGGCCGAACUGCUCAAGAGGUGGUUAAUGAAGUGAGGAGACAAUUCAUUGAGAGACCUGGUAUAAUGGAAUACAAGGAGAAACCUGAUUAUGGUCGGUGUGUCGCAAUUGUGGCAUCUGCAUCAUUGCGGGAAAUGAUAAAGCCCGGUGCCUUGGCAAUUAUAUCACCCAUUGCAGUUGGUUUUAUGUUUCGAUGGUUAGGGCACUUCACGGGACAUCCUCUACUUGGUGCCAAAGUUGUGGCAUCUAUGUUGAUGUUUGCAACCGUCACUGGUAUCCUUAUGGCUCUCUUCCUGAAUACUGCUGGUGGUGCAUGGGAUAAUGCAAAGAAGUACAUAGAAACUGGUGCACUAGGAGGCAAGGGAAGUGAUUGCCACAAAGCUGCGAUCACAGGAGACACUGUAGGAGAUCCUUUCAAAGACACUGCUGGCCCUUCAAUCCAUGUCCUUAUCAAGAUGCUCGCAACAAUUACUCUAGUUAUGGCACCAGUGUUUCUAUGAGAAGUUCUUUAUACUUUAUACUUCUUUUUUAUACAUCUUUUUCUCAGCAUUUGACAUGAACAGUUACGGAUUCCAUGAUCUGGUAAAGUAGUUGGUUAAGCUAUCUAAAAUUGAGUUUCACUGCGGCCCCUUUAUUUUGUUUUCUUUUUCCUACCCUCUUCCAAUGUUUCUUCUCUCUGCUUGAACUAGUAAAUGUUAAAAUGACAACCCAUUUGGGUGUUAGCCCUAGACUUCUGCUCUUUUCUAAUAUAGCUCAUAUUGGUAUUUUGUCCAA